AUGAAAAGUCUUAUUUUUCAUUUUCUUUUUCUUUGCUAUAUAUUAUCAAUAUGUAAUGCCCUUACAUGUAAAUCAUGUAAUAUAAAUGAUCCGUUUUGUUCAUUACCACGGGAUGAUGAUAUUCGUCAAUGUGAAAAUGAUAAUGAUAUUUGUUAUUCAUGGUUUCAUCGUGUUGGAGGUAAAAUAACUGUUGAACGUGAUUGCAUGCCAAUCAUGUCACCUGAAUAUGAUUUAAUGAAAAAAAUGAUUAAUUAUGAUGAUCAUGGAUGUGUGAAACGUAUGGGCACAUUCGAUUGCUUUACAUUUUGUUCACAUGAUUUAUGUAAUUGA